AUAUACAAAAAGGCAUAGAUUAUUAUGAGAAGGCGAGGUUAAUUCUUUCCGUAAAGGGUACUCCUGUAGACAUGGCCUCUCUGUAUCAGCAUCUGGGUUGGAAUUACUACAAGACUGGCGAACUGAAUGAGUCACAACGGUAUCUUCAGAAGGCAUACAAACUAGAAGAGGAGGGGGGUAUGCACACAAACGUUGUUAUGUGCCAAACCUUUUCGACCUUGGGGCUUGUCUUGACAGGGAUGGGAAAGUUUGAGGAGGCCAUACGCUAUUUUAUGCACUCCUUUGAGCUACGGGUGUCCAACUUUGGAGAACACCCUUCCCUCGGGAGUAUCUACAACAAUAUGGGAAUGACGUAUCUUGAGCAGGGAGAUGAUGACCGAGCGCUGAAGAAUUUUGAACUUGGUCUGAAAUACAAACGAAAGUUUAUGAAACAACCCAAUUUAGCCGUGGUUGACUCUUUAAGCAAUACAGCAAUGCUCUACGUCAAAAAGGGGAAUACUGAGAGAGCUAUGCCUAUGCUGCAGGAGGCGUUAGCUAUGUGUCAGAAAAUUGGGAAGACGACAGAUAUUGCUCUCAUUUAUGAUGAUUUUGGACUUGUUUGUAUGAAGAAAAAGGAGUUUCCUGAAGCUGAGGAUUAUUUUCAGAAAGCUGUUGACACCCGAAGAGAACAUACACCUAAUCAUUUCACAUUGGUUGAGCACCUGCUUCAUUUAGGACAGGCACAGGCUGAGCAAAUAUACGAGGCAGAGGCUCAGCUAGCUGACCAAGAAAACGUGGCACCAAAUGGACAGACUGUGGUUGCUGAAAAUAACAGCAAUAAAUGUGAACAAGCAUUUAAACAUCAUGAUGGUAAUUUGUCCACGAAUGAACAAAACACAAUGCCCAAGGCGACUGGUAGACCACGCCAAGGGGUUCUACGCUGUGAUCAAUAUCGAGAUCUAUAUGAACAAAGUCGGUACAACUUGCAAGAAGCUGCUGAAUUAACUCCUCAGGUUCAUGAGCAAUUCCCAAGAUCUAAAAUGCCGUUCACAGUUUACAAGGAACUGGCAAAGCUUUACAGGGUGGCCGGUGAAGCCAAAGCGUCGACGAAAAAUGAAAUGUUGGCAAAUAUGGAAGUGACGCGUUUGAAACGGCUUGGCGUACAAGUUGAUGAAGAUUUUCCGGUGGAGAAAGCAUAA